AUGGGAGAAAACAAAGAUAUAACCGAGACGCUUCUCUCUACGGCUGAAAAACUCGACCCGGUGACCUUUCUUCCCUUCUCACCGGCCGAUGAUAUAUCUCCGAUCACUACCAUCGGUGGCUUUGUCAAAGAGUUUAACGUGGAGGCCAAAAAACUAUGGUACUUGGCCGGUCCCGCCAUUUUCACGUCGGUGAGCCAAUAUUCUCUUGGCGCCGUUACUCAGGUCUUCGCCGGCCACAUCAGCACUAUCUCUCUCGCCGCCGUUUCUGUCGAAAAUUCAGUGAUCGCCGGCUUCUCCUUCGGCAUCAUGCUUGGAAUGGGAAGUGCGUUAGAAACGCUAUGUGGACAAGCGUUUGGAGCUGGGAAACUGUCAAUGCUUGGCGUUUACCUACAACGAUCAUGGGUGAUCCUAAACGUGACCGCUCUUAUCCUCUCCCUUCUCUACAUCUUCGCCGCUCCAAUCCUCGCAUCCAUCGGCCAAACGGCAGCGAUCUCUAGCGCCGCCGGAAAAUUUUCCAUCUACAUGAUCCCUCAAAUCUUUGCUUACGCAGUUAAUUUCCCGACAGCUAAGUUCCUCCAAUCCCAAAGCAAGAUUAUGGUCAUGGCCGCGAUUUCCGCGGCUGCACUUGCUCUUCACGUGCCCCUCACGUGGCUUGUUAUCGGGAAGCUUAAAUGGGGCAUGGCUGGUCUAGCCGUCGUGCUUAACGCCUCGUGGUGGUUCAUUGUCGUGGCUCAGCUCGUGUACAUAUUCAGUGGCACGUGCGGCGAGGCUUGGUCAGGAUUAUCGUGGGAAGCGUUUCAUAAUUUGUGGAGUUUCGUUAGAUUGUCUCUGGCUUCUGCUAUUAUGCUCUGUUUGGAGGUGUGGUAUUUUAUGGCAGUCAUAUUAUUUGCUGGCUAUUUGAAGAAUGCUGAAGUCUCAGUGGCCGCACUCUCCAUCUGCAUGAACAUUUUGGGAUGGACCGCAAUGGUUGCAAUUGGGAUGAAUACAGCCGUAAGUGUGAGAGUGUCUAAUGAAUUAGGAGCACACCAUCCAAGAACCGCAAAAUUCUCACUGCUAGUUGCAGUGAUAACAUCUACAAUGAUCGGAAUCGUUGUAGCGAGCGCUCUACUCAUUUUUAGAAAUCAAUAUCCUUCACUUUUUGUGGGCGAUGAAGAAGUCAUCACUCUUGUUAACGAACUCACACCAAUACUAGCACUCUCCAUUGUCAUCAACAAUGUCCAACCCGUCUUAUCGGGGGUGGCUGUGGGAGCUGGAUGGCAAGCAGUAGUAGCGUACAUCAAUAUCGCAUGCUAUUACUUGUUUGGAAUACCAUUUGGUCUAUUGUUAGGAUACAAGCUUGACUUUGGUGUAAAGGGAAUCUGGCUGGGAAUGUUGGCGGGAACUGUGGUUCAGACAAUAGUCUUGACGUGGAUGAUCUGCAAAACAGAUUGGGACAAAGAGUCUGCAAUGGCUGAGGAUAGGAUUAGAGAGUGGGGAGGAGAAGUAUCCGAAGUAGAUCAGCAGCUCUUGAACUAA